AUGGCUAGCAUCGAUGAGCUCUUCAAGAAACCUUUGAGUGCAGCUAGUGCAAAGCGCAAAUUAGACGCCACAAAGGAUCCAAAUGAGCUCUACAAGGCGGCCAAGUUAGAGGCAAACGGUGACGUUAAGUCCACCGGGAAAGCUCCCAUGGUGGAAGAUGAACAGGAGGACGAUGUUGAAGCUGGCCCCGAACUACCCCCGGAUUUUGAUGCCGAAGACAUCCCCGAUGACGAAGAAGGGCGCUUUUUUGGUGGAGGAAUGGAACGGCAAACAGCCCAGGCAAUGCAGUACAUUGAUGAGCAGGAUCGGGGGGAGAAAGUGCCCGAGAAGUUCGAUGUCACUUGGCUGCGACGAUUUGCUCUCAAUUUCGAGAAGAAAAUAUCUAAGAAUUCUGAGUUGCGAGGCAAAUUUGAGAAUGAACCUCAGAAGUUCAUGGCUUCUGAAGCCGAUUUAGACGGGGAAAUUAAGGAGCUAUCCAUAUUAUCAGAGCACCCAGAACUGUACAGCGAGUUCUCUUCAAUGGGUUGUGUGGGUUCAUUAAUAUCCCUGCUUUCGCACGAGAACGCAGAUAUUGCAAUUGAUACGAUUCAGGUUAUAAGUGAGUUGACAGACGAGGAUGUGGAAGCCGAGCAAGAGCAAUGGGAUACAUUGCUGGAUGCCGAUCUCAUCGAACUUCUCGCGCAGAACCUGUCACGACUAGAUGAGGGGUCUGAUGUUGAUAGAACAGGAGUGUACUAUGUGCUGAGCGUACUGGAAAAUCUUGCCUCACAAACAUCCAUUGCAGAGAAAAUUGUACAGGAGUCUGGCAUGCUACAAUGGCUGCUGACUCGUGUGCAACAGAAAGAGAGGCCGGUGAGCCAAAACCAGCAAUACUCAGCGGAGGUGCUUUCUAUCCUAUUACAGUCGUCUUCCAAAAAUAGAAGGAAGUUUGUCGAUCUAGAAGGGGUAGAUAGUCUUCUUCAACUACUCAGUCAAUACCGCAAAUGCGACCCAGAAAAGGAUUCGGAGGAAGAAGAAUAUGCAGAGAACCUGUUUGACUGUCUGAUAUGUAUCGUGGACGAAGAUGCCGGGAAAGAAAAGUUUCUAUACGGAGAGGGCAUCGAGCUUGCGCAGAUUAUGCUGAAAGAAGGGAAAUUCAGCAAGCUACGUGCCCUGCGGGUAUUAGAUCAUGCUUUAGGUGGGUUUGGGGGUGCCCCUGCCUGUGAAAAAUUAGUCGAGGCAGCAGGUCUAAGGACGGUAUUUGGAAUGUUCAUGAAGAAGCAGGAGAAUCAAAUUAACGAGCAUCUUUUGGGAAUUUUUGCUUCUCUUCUUCGCCUCUUGCCGGGAGGAUCUGCGACGCGUAUUCGUGCUCUUGCAAAAUUCAUGGAGAAGGAUUAUGAGAAGAUCGAAAAAUUAGUCAAGCUGAGGCGCGAAUGUGCCUCAAGAGUAACACCAGUUGAGCAGGACAUUGCAAAGGAACGGAAAAACUUCACGAAAGAGGAGCAGGAGAUCAUGGAAGGAGAGUGGCUCUCGCGACGCUUUGAUGCUGGCCUUUUUUCCCUACAGCUAAUUGAUGUUAUUCUGGCAUGGCUGGUGGCCGAGGACGAUGGGGCAAAACAGAAAAUAGUUUCUCUUCUGGCAGAUCGAGAUGAGAGCCUUUCUCUUAUUUGCAACACUCUCCAAGAGCAAGUUGAGGGGCUUAGGGACGAUGAACCUGGACAGAAGGAGCAUAAGGAAAUGCUUGAAACUCUCCUACAGUUUCUGUGA